AUGUGCUCGGAAAUGAAAUAUGAGUAUGGCAAUCACCGGGAUUGCUAUGACGCAUUAGAAGAUUUUAGAAAUACAUAUAAUGAACAUAUGAAAAAUGGAAAUAAAUAUAAAAAUGUAGACAUAUACAUACCAUCCACAAAAGGAGAUAACAUCAUUAUUCUUAUUAAAAUUCCGUCUAUUAUUAUAUUAUUCAUUUGUUUCCUUUUAUUUAUUUUUAUAAAAUUAUAA